UGUCACUUCCAGGCUCAGCCAGCCUGGGAACACAUUCCUGCCAGGGAAAUUGAUGUGCAGCUCUUCCUGCGUGGUGGUUCUGCCAUCAGAACCCGCGGUGAUCCACCCCGGUCCUGCUGGGGGGCAUCCAGCAAGAGAAGGGCAGAAAUCUGGAGGUGUUUUCCAGGUGUUCCUGAAUCUCCCUGCUUUGGUUUGCUCGCCUGGGAAUGAGCUUCCGAAAAAACCAUGUGAGGGGCAUUGCUGGGGCUCAGGACACGCGCGGGGGACGCGGAGUUUGCCUUUCCCAGGAUGGAUCAGAGGAGGAACUGGCCUCGGGCACUGGACUCUGAUGGCUGGUCAGUGGCUCUGCUCUGCCUCUUCCUGGCGUCGCUGUCCCGGAACGUGUCCAGCAAUGCCUUGUUCAACACUUUCCACUCGGAGAACCGGGACUGGACGUUCAACCACCUGACGGUGCACCGUGGCACCGGCGCCGUCUACGUGGGGGCCAUCAACAGGGUGUACAAGCUUUCGGGGAACCUGACCAUUCUGGUGGCCCACAAAACCGGUCCCGAGGAGGACAACAAAUCCUGCUACCCGCCCCUCAUCGUGCAGCCAUGCAGCGAGGUCCUCACGCUCACCAACAACGUCAACAAGCUGCUCAUCAUUGACUACUCCGAGAACCGGCUGCUGGCGUGCGGCAGCCUCUACCAGGGGGUCUGCAAGCUGCUGCGCCUCGACGACCUCUUCAUCCUGGUGGAGCCCUCGCACAAGAAGGAGCAUUACCUCUCCAGCGUCAACAAAACGGGCACCAUGUACGGGGUGAUCGUGCGCUCCGAGGGCGAGGACGGCAAGCUGUUCAUCGGCACGGCGGUGGAUGGCAAGCAGGAUUAUUUCCCCACCCUCUCCAGCCGCAAGCUGCCCCGGGACCCGGAGUCGUCGGCGAUGUUGGAUUACGAGCUCCACAGUGACUUUGUUUCGUCCCUCAUCAAAAUCCCCUCGGACACGCUGGCCCUGGUUUCGCACUUUGACAUCUUUUACAUCUACGGCUUCUCCAGUGGCAACUUCGUCUAUUUCCUGACGGUGCAGCCGGAGACCCCUGAGGGCGUCUCCAUCAACUCCGCCAGCGACCUCUUCUACACCUCCCGCAUCGUCCGCCUGUGCAAGGACGACCCCAAGUUCCACUCGUACGUGUCCCUGCCCUUCGGCUGCGUCCGGGGGGACACGGAGUACCGCCUGCUGCAGGCUGCCUACCUGUCCAAGCCGGGGGAGGUGCUGGCCAGGGCCCUCAACAUCACGGCGCAGGAGGACGUGCUCUUUGCCAUCUUCUCCAAGGGGCAGAAGCAGUACCACCACCCCCCCGACGACUCGGCGCUCUGCGCCUUCCCCAUCCGCACCGUCAACGCCCACAUCAAGGAGCGCCUGCAGUCCUGCUACCAGGGCGAGGGCAACCUGGAGCUCAACUGGCUGCUGGGGAAGGAUGUCCAGUGCACCAAAGCGCCAGUCCCCAUCGAUGACAACUUCUGUGGGCUUGACAUCAACCAGCCCCUGGGGGGCUCGGUGCCCGUGGAUGGGGUCACGCUCUUCACCUCCAGCCGCGACCGCAUGACCUCCGUGGCUUCCUACGUCUACAACGGCUACAGCGUGGUCUUCGUGGGCACCAAGACGGGCAAGCUGAAGAAGGUCCGGGCUGAUGGUCCCCCCCAGGGCGGCAUCCAGUACGAGGUGGUGCCGGUGUUCAAGGACGGGAGCCCGGUGCUGCGGGACAUGGCCUUCUCCAUCGACCACAAGUACCUGUACGUCAUGUCAGAGCGCCAGGUGUCACGGGUGCCUGUGGAGUCCUGCGAGCAGUACACGACCUGCCAGGAGUGCCUGAGCUCGGGGGACCCCCACUGCGGCUGGUGCUCCCUCCACCACAUGUGCUCCCCGAGGGACCGGUGUGAGCGGGCAGAGGAGCCGUUCCGCUUCGCAGGGAGCAUCAGCCAGUGCCUGAGCGUGGCCGUGCAGCCCAGCAGCAUCUCCGUGUCCGAGCACAGCCUCCCGCUCAGCCUGCAGGUGAGCGAUGCUCCAGACCUGAGCGCCGGUGUCAGCUGCCUCUUCGGGAACCUGAGCGAGGUGGAGGGGCAGGUGUCGGGCAGCCAGGUGGUUUGUGUGUCACCAGCAGCCAAAGAUGUCCCUGCCAUCCCCGUGGAUCAGGGUGUCCACGGUGCCUCCCUGGCCAUGGCUUUGUGCCUGUCCUGCGUGAACAGCGCCUUCCGAUGCCACUGGUGCAAGUACCGGAACCUCUGCACGCACGACCCCACCACCUGCUCCUUCCAGGAGGGACGGAUCAACGUCUCCGAGGACUGCCCCCAGCUCUUCCCCACGGAGGAGAUCCUGAUCCCGGUGGGAGAAGUGAAGCCCAUCACGCUGAAGGCCAGGAACCUCCCGCAGCCCCAGUCGGGCCAGAGGGGCUACGAGUGCGUGCUCAGCAUCCAGGGCAUCAUCCACAGGGUGCCCGCCCUGCGCUUCAACAGCUCCAGCGUGCAGUGCCAGAACAGCUCGUACCUCUAUGAUGGGAUGGACAUCAGCAACUUGGCAGUGGACUUUGCCGUGGUUUGGAAUGGGAACUUCGUCAUUGACAACCCAGAGAAUCUGAAAGUGCACCUGUACAAGUGCGCGGCGCAGCGCGAGAGCUGCGGGCUGUGCCUCAAGGCCGACCCCAAGUUCGAGUGUGGCUGGUGNUGGCUCGACUGGUCCAGCCACAACGUCAAGUGCUCCAACCCGCGCAUCACCGAGAUCCUGACGGUGUCGGGGCCCCCGGAAGGAGGGACGAGGGUGACCAUCCGUGGUGUGAACCUGGGCCUGGACUUCUCGGAGAUCGCGCAGGGGGUGCAGGUGGCCGGGGUGCAGUGCACGCCCCUGCCCGAGCACUACGUCGUGGCUGAGCAGAUCGUCUGUGAAAUGGGGCAGGCGCUUCCAGGGAUCAGCUCCGGCCCAGUGCUCCUGUGCAUCGGAGAGUGCAAGCCCGAGUUCACGGCCAAGUCGGCGCAGCAGUACAUGUUCGUGACUCCAGCUGUGAGUUUCCUGAGCCCCAGCCGUGGCCCGGAGUCGGGAGGGACCAUGGUGACCAUCUCUGGCCACUACCUCGGGGCGGGCAGCCGCGUGUCCGUGCUCCUGGGAAACCAGACCUGCGAAUUCCACGGGCGAUCCAUGAACGAGAUUGUUUGUGUGUCAGCGCCCUCAGCCCAUGGCCUGGGGGCUGUUCAGGUCUCUGUCAGCGUGGACAGGGCUCAGCUGGAGAGGACUUUGCUGUUUGAGUACAUCGAUGACCCCAAGGUGCAGCACAUCGAGCCCGAGUGGAGCAUCGCCAGCGGACACACACCCCUGACCGUCACUGGCUCCAACCUGGACGUGAUCCAGGAGCCCCGGAUCCGCGUCAAGUACAACGGGAAGGAGUUUGUCAACGUGUGCAAGGUGGUGAACGCCACGGCCCUGGCCUGCCUGGCGCCGCCGCUGACCGCCGAGUACCGGCCAGGGCUGGACGCCGUGGAGCGGCCAGACGAGUUUGGCUUCAUCUUCAACAACGUCCAGUCCCUGCUGGUCUACAACGACACCAAGUUCAUCUACUACCCCAACCCCACGUUUGAAAUGCUGAGCUCCACCGGGGUGCUGGAGCAGAAGCCAGGCUCCCCCAUCAUUCUGAAGGGCAGGAACCUGUGCCCGCCCGCCCCAGGAGGAGCCAAGCUCAACUACACGGUGCUGAUCGGGGAGACGCCUUGCGCCGUCACCGUGUCCGAGACACAGCUGCUGUGCGAGCCCCCCACCCUCUCCGGGCAGCACAAAGUGAUGGUGCGUGUUGGAGGGGUCAUCUUCUCCCCUGGCUCCGUGAGCAUCGUCUCCGACAGCCUCCUGACCCUGCCCGCCAUCGUCAGCAUCGCGGCCGGCGGCUCGCUGCUCCUCAUCAUCGUCAUCAUCGUCCUCAUCGCCUACAAGCGCAAGUCCCGUGAGAACGACCUCACCCUCAAGAGGCUGCAGAUGCAGAUGGACAACCUGGAGUCCCGGGUGGCCCUGGAGUGCAAGGAGGCUUUUGCAGAGCUGCAGACAGACAUCAACGAGCUGACCAGCGACCUGGACCGCUCCGGGAUCCCCUACCUGGACUACCGCACCUACGCCAUGCGCGUGCUCUUCCCAGGCAUCGAGGACCACCCUGUGCUGCGGGAGCUGGAGGUCCAAGGCAACGGGCAGCAGAGCGUGGAGAAGGCCCUGAAGCUCUUUGCUCAGCUGAUCAACAACAAGGUGUUCCUGCUGACCUUCAUCCGCACGCUGGAGCUGCAGCGCAGCUUCUCCAUGCGGGACCGCGGUAACGUGGCCUCGCUGAUCAUGACGGGGCUGCAGGGCAAGCUGGAGUACGCCACUGAUGUCCUCAAACAGCUGCUCUCAGACCUCAUCGAGAAGAACCUGGAGAACAAGAACCACCCCAAGCUGCUCCUGCGCAGGACCGAGUCUGUGGCCGAGAAGAUGCUGACGAACUGGUUUGCCUUCCUGCUCCACAGAUUCCUGAAGGAAUGUGCUGGAGAGCCCCUGUUCAUGCUCUACUGUGCCAUCAAGCAGCAGAUGGAGAAGGGCCCCAUCGAUGCCAUCACGGGAGAGGCGCGGUACUCCCUGAGCGAGGACAAACUCAUCCGGCAGCAGAUCGAGUACAAGACCCUGAUCCUAAACUGUGUGAACCCAGACAACGAGAACAGCCCCGAGAUCCCUGUGAAGGUGCUGAACUGCGACACCAUCACCCAAGUGAAGGAGAAGAUCCUGGAUGCCGUGUACAAAAACGUCCCCUAUUCCCAAAGACCGAGAGCUGUUGACAUGGAUUUGGAGUGGCGGCAGGGCCGGAUCGCCCGGGUGGUGCUGCAGGAUGAGGACAUCACCACCAAGAUCGAGGGGGACUGGAAGCGCCUGAACACCCUGGUGCACUAUCAGGUGUCAGAUCGCUCCGUGGUGGCUCUGGUUCCCAAGCAAACCUCCUCCUACAACAUUCCUGCCUCCGCCAGCAUCUCCCGGACUUCGAUCAGCAGAUAUGACUCCACGUUCCGCUACACCGGGAGCCCCGACAGCCUCCGCUCCCGCGCGCCCAUGAUCACCCCCGACCUGGAGAGCGGCGUCAAGGUCUGGCACCUGGUCAAGAACCACGACCACGGCGACCAGAAGGAAGGAGACCGGGGCAGCAAGAUGGUGUCUGAGAUCUACCUGACCAGGCUCCUGGCUACAAAGGGCACGCUGCAGAAGUUCGUGGAUGACCUGUUUGAGACGCUGUUCAGCACGGUGCACCGCGGCAGCGCCCUGCCCCUCGCCAUCAAGUACAUGUUCGAUUUCCUGGACGAACAGGCGGACAAGCACGGCAUCCACGACACCGAUGUCCGCCACACCUGGAAGAGCAACUGCCUCCCCCUCCGCUUCUGGGUGAACGUGAUCAAAAACCCUCAGUUCGUGUUUGACAUCCACAAGGGCAGCAUCACGGACGCGUGCCUCUCCGUGGUGGCCCAGACCUUCAUGGAUUCCUGCUCCACCUCGGAGCACCGCCUGGGCAAGGACUCCCCCUCCAACAAGCUGCUGUACGCCAAGGACAUCCCCAGCUACAAGAGCUGGGUGGAGAGGUAUUACGCAGACAUCGCCAAGCUCCCGGCCAUCAGUGACCAGGACAUGAACGCCUACCUCGCCGAGCAGUCGCGCCUGCACGCCGUGGAGUUCAACAUGCUGAGUGCACUCAACGAGAUCUACUCCUACGUCAGCAAGUACAGCGAGGAGCUCAUCGGAGCCCUGGAGCAGGAUGAGCAGGCUCGGAGGCAGCGCUUGGCUUACAAAGUAGAGCAACUCAUUGGGGCCAUGUCCUUCGAGAGCUGAAGAAAGGUCACGGACAGCAAAGGGCAGAGGAUCGCACAGACUCUCGGGAAUUUGGAGGGAGAACAAGCAAGGAAAGCACUGGACACACCCCCCAAGGCUCUUCUGGAGAGAGCAGAGCUUGGCCCAAGGACUGGCCGUGUUCAAAAAUCAUACAGGAUCCAGUUUGAAGGGGCAGGAAGGGAAGAAGAUGAAUCAUCUCAAAGUCCAAGCAAGGUGGAUCAUUUUUAUGAGCGUACAUGGAAAGAAGGAACCUGGAAAGUCUGGAUGUCUCCACGACUGCUGCUUUGCAUGAAAAUUGUUUAAUGUAUAUUAGAAAAUAAAACUUUAUUUAAAGGGUUUUUUUUAAAAAAAAGAAAUAAAAAAGAAGAAAAAUGAAAAAAAAAUAAAAUAAAUAGAGCAAAAACCACAGAGGCCAUAGAGAUAAUCCUGGCAAGAAGGAUCAGCUCUGAAUCCUGUCCCCGAGAGCUUUCCGAGGACACGGCUCAGGCAUUCUGCGAACGGACUCUCACGCCAAUUGGAACAUCUGGAAAACCAAAAUGUCUUCGCUUUGGGUUCUUUCAACAAAUACGAGCACAACUUUGCACCACACCUUUUUACACAAGAGAAAUAGCAGUUUUGCCCCAAAAUAGUCCAGUGGCUGAGUAACUUAGAGGCACUAGGAGGAACUUUACUGGAAUUGCAAAACCAUCAGAUCAUCCAACCUGUCUUGAAGUCCAGCUUUACCCAUGUAUUUAUAUAGUGUCAAUAUAUAUAUUUUUUUUAAAAUCCCAUUUACUGUCUAAUGAGGAAAGAUCUGAAUUUUGUUGCUUUUCCCUUUUGCACCCUCAUCCCACCUCACUGGCUGCCGGUGAUCCAGCAGUGUCCAGCAGUGUCCAUCAUGGCUGUGGAGAUCCAGCAGUGUCCAGCAGUGUCCAUCAUGGCUGUGGAGAUCCAGCAGUGUCCGUCAUGGCUGUGGUGAUCCAGCAGUGUCCAUCAUGGCUGUGGAGAUCCAGCAGUGUCCAGCAGUGUCCAUCUUGGCUGUGGAGAUCCAGAAGUGUCCAGCAGUGUCCAUCAUGGCUGUGGAGAUCCAGCAGUGUCCAGCAGUGUCCAUCAUGGCUGUGGAGAUCCAGCAGUGAUCCAUCCAGUGUCCACUGCCGGUUCCUGCAGGUGCCACGUGAGCCAAGGCAGAGCUGGGCCGACACCUCCAGGGUUGGUUUUGAGGUCUCCAGCCAUGCCUCCGAUGUCUCGCAGCAAAACCCGCCCAACCCUGAUGUUUACGGUGACAAUACUUGAAAAGCCUGGAUGUUGGGAGAGCAGAUUUUUGCUGCUUUUCUGCUGGAUGUGCGGAGUCCUUUGGCACAGGCUCCCUUUGGGUGUCUCUGCCAGCGUUUGCCGCCUCACCCAGGGCCAGGACUUGCAUUUCCACUGGGAAAGGGAGAGAAAUCCGCACUCCAGGCAACCUUAACCAGCACCCCUGGGCCAGCCAGCUCUGCUGUCAUGUCUCUGUGUCGGUGUCUCGUUGUUCUCUUCAGUUCCUUGCUGGCCCCCACAGCACACGUUCCUGUGGCUGGUGACAGGCAAAUGUUUGUGAGUGUUAUUUCUUUCAAAGACACCAAAGCUUAUGUGUGUCCCUUUGUAGAGUGCCAGGAGGGGAAGGAAUGCUGUAAAUAUUUCUCUCUGUAGUAAAUAUUGAUACGUGUGCAGGCUGCAGUGGGGAGGGCAGGGAGAGGAGGCCUAAUGGAAGUACAAGUGUUGGCUGCAGGAGCUUGGCAAUGACAGCAAAAUAAUUCCUGGUGUCUGCCCAGGCAGUGUCACACCAGACUGGGACCUUCCUUUGCAGCCAGUGUGUGUUGAAGGAAAACCCAUUUCCAUCUCAAUCCCCCCUCCUCCACCAUUCCUGCCUGAAGGAGCCCAGCAGGGCUCCCAGAGAGCUGCUGGCUUUCUCUGUCCUUCAGUCCAGCACCAGGGGAGGGGAGAAGCACGUAGAGAAAUACUCAGGAAACUUGGUUUAAUUACCAUGCAGUAAAAGCCAUGCCAAGUCCACUUUCUUUUGGUAAUCCACUUCUGUGAGUCUCUCUGAAAAGCAGAAAAUAGUGAUGAUAAUAAUCAACCUUGUGCAAUAAGUUCUUGACAUUUACAGCAGCCUGAGGACUGGAUUUACUGAGGCAGGGGGAGAGUGGCAGAAACAGAGACUGAACGGCAGAGCAGUGUUUGUACUGCCUGUUACCCAAGAGUUCCCUUCCCAGGGAUGCUGCUUCUGCACAGUGAACCUCAUUUCUACUGCAAAAAAUGUGCAAAAGUCCUACUAAAAGUCAGGCACUGUGGAGCUCAGCUCCAGGAAUGUCAUUGGAGCAGUCUCCAGCCUGGCCUGCUCUCUGCUGCAGGUACCACAGGACAUGGCAGAGGGUCAGGCUUUGAAGUCCUGCAGUUUUUUUUGCUGGUUCUGUUCCUGCUGUUGACAGUGAUCCAUCACACAGCUCAGGAUUUCCAGAUCUGUUCUAGCUGUGAUUGUUGGUUUGGGUUCACCAAGUUCUCAUGGUACUCUGAAACUCCAAGAGAGCACUCCAAAAUUUCCUGAACUAUUUCCAAAUACUUCCAAAAUAUCAGUCAGGGGAGUUAUCUCUGCAGGACCCACAAAACACGAGUGCAGCCCAAAGCAAAGGCCUGGCUGGGCAUCACCUGGGCCUGGUGAUGGUGUCCCUGCCCGACAGCCCUCGUGGUGCUCCUCUCUGCAUCUCUUUUGUGUAGCCCUUUUAAUCCUGCUUUCCUCCUCCUGCUCUCUCCCCUCUGGCCAGGAGCAGCCCCAAGCCGAGGUUUUGUCAUUCCCCACUCCCCUGUAUUUUCUCAGCAGAAGUGGAGGUCCCCACGCACCCCCUGGAUUCUCUAGGAGAACAUUAAGGAGACAAGGGGACAACUGAGUUGAUCUUCUGUGCUGUGAGAUGAUUUGAGCAGAGAGAAAAAAGGGGAAGCAGCAGGAGCACUUUUCAAACCGGUUAGUUCUUACACUUCUGACUGAAUUCUGAAGGAAACAGCAAAAACACCUCUUCCAUCAUCUGGAAAAGCUUUAGGAGGAUGGCAGAGGGAGCAGCACAGUCCUGGCCAGAGGGGUGGCCUAGAAAUACAUUGCCAAGUAUCUUCUCAUGGUGGUUGACAUUAAUUAUGGAUCUUUACAGGCAAUUAUAUGGAUUGAAGCAACAUAUCCCCCCGGGGCAAAGUGCUGGGAAUCUCUUGCCCUGUUUGCAUCCGACAUUUCCAUUCCUCCUGUGGGAAGAGGAAGCUUCAGAUCUCAAAAUGGCAUUUUCUUUGCACUCACUGCAAGCUGGACUCGAGGUUUGGUCAGGAGGGGGCACUUGCCUUAGAUGAAAAGAUUUCACGUCCCUCUCAUUGCCCUCUUCCUCCUGCAAGGCCGCUCGGUGUUUGGAGUCUCCAGUUCACUCCGUUUCAGGUAUUCCGACAUCAAAGUGGGAGACGUCACUUUCCGGAAUCUCUCUGCCUGGUGUCACCGCUUGAAUAAUUCCGUUUAAUCUUCUGCUCAUGAGCUAUCAAAGCACCCACUCCGAGGGGGAGCGAGGUGCUAAUCAAACGCUUCUCCACCUUGAAAGCCUUUAUUAAAACCCCACAUAUGAGAGUGGAGCUCGCAGGCAAGGCCGGCCCCGCAUCAGCCCCGCUGAGGAGCUGCAGCCACCGAAGCUUGGAGGGUGUGGACGGUGAGUGGUCCACGCUUUGCCAUAAAGGAUGGAUUUAAAGGGAGGCAGGAAGGAUCAGCACAGCCAAAGCGCUGGAAACCCUGUGAAAUCCAGCAUGGAUAUCCAUGGAAACCCUGGAUAUCCUGUCUGCAGCUGAGUGAGGACCCACCGUGGGGACAGCACUGAGAAACAAAACUGCUGCCAUGGCCUCACUGCAUCCCAGCAGCAUUCCAGGUGUGGAAUUUCAGGUUUUUCCCUGAAGGAUGGCGGUGGGGACAGCGGUGCCUCCCUGCAGGGCUCGGGGCUGUGACGUGCUGGGGUGGUGCCAGCAGAGACCUUCAUCACAGCAGUGCCUUCCACACUCUGUCUUAAAAUCCUGGUGGCCCUCCCCACAUCGGUGUUCCCUCCUGCCUUCCACUGACUCCACAAAAAAUGUCCCAAUGUAGGAAAGAGUUUGGGUGGGCACGUGGAGGGCAAAGGCGAGAGGGUUUAAGGCUCUGGAGUUGCAUUCCGCACGCCGCUGGCUCUGAGCUCCUUGUGGGGGUCUUAGUGUUUAGGUCUGCGUGGAAAAAGGGUCAGAGCAUCCCCUGCUCCACUGGGCACAGCCUCCAAGCAAGGAUUCAUCCCCACAGGUGCCCAGGAGCCAGCAGGGAUGGGGAAAGCCAGGUUGGCACAGGGCAGAGCAGCUCCCGGCACAGUCCCUGUGCUGUUCCAGAGCCUCAAGCCCCUUCCCUGGCAGCAGCCCAGCCACGUUCUCCUGUCACUGGCUGUUCUCCAUCCAGUUUCCUGCGCUGUCAGAGCUCACCUGUCACAGGGACUCAGUUCCCCAAACUAAAUGAAAUUAAAAUAGACUGACUUGAAUAAGCUGGGCCAUCAGGGAGAGCUCACGUGUGACUGUGCCCUGGAGAGAAGAAAAAAUCUUCCGAGGAGGGUAAAUAACUGACAUCAAAGAAGCAUUAAAAUGCCACAGAGCUUCAGCCAUCCUAUUCCAGAGCCACGUUUGUCCCAGGAAUUGCAGGACAAUAGUGCAGGGAGCCCUGACAUUGUACGGAGUUGUGCGCGAGGAAGAGCUCGGAGCACAGCCCCAUCCUCAGUAAAAACACCCAGCCUGGACCCAAACCAGAGACCAGGGGGUCAGAGGCUGAGGGCAAAGCACUGGGGACAGCUCUGAGGCCACCUGCAUGGGCAGGAUGGUUUGGUUUUAUUGAUGAGACACUCGGUGUGGAACAAUUUGAGUAAGAGGUGCCCAUGUGUGCCGCGAGGGCGCCGCUGGGGAUCCGCUGGGCUGAGCAACCCCAAAUGUGCCAUUUCAGUGCAGUUUGGUCAGUUCAGCUUUGCAGGGGAAGAGGAUGGGAGCCUUUGGAGCAGUUCUGGCUGUCUGAAAGGCUUUGUGCAAAGCCUCUUCACCCUGAAAAUCCCCAAAUUCAGGUGCUGCUCCUGUUCUGGGCAGGCCAUGUAACAGCUGAGGGUGGUGCCUGGUGCCUUCCUGGCUGCUGGAAGAAAGCUGGGGGUCUGUGGUGUGUGCCCUGCACCCCGGGGUGCUCUGCUGGGUGCUGGCACCGUGCUGGGUGGGGAGGUGGAGGGGUGGGGCAGUGUGGGGUGGCAGAGCUCGAUUGCCCCGUGCUGGAAAAGCCACUCCAGUCCCUCCCAGCUAUGUGCCCGCCGUGCUGAGGUGGCGCCCGCAGGUGUUGUGGCCAUGCUGAGAGCAUGGCAGUGUCUCUGUGUUGUUCUUUCAGACCCCACUUUGUCCCCGUGUUUCCCAUCCCUCCCCUUCCUCUGUAACCGUGGAAUAUAAUCCUGAAAAAACUGACCUUUCUGCAGCGCUGAGGAACGCGCUCCGAAGACCCGCAGGGUCCAUCCAAUUGCACGGACAAUAUCCCAAAUAUCCCAAAUAUCCCAAACUCCCGGGCCUCCCGAGGCUGCCAAAUCAAACACGGGAUCUCCUGUAUGGCCUUUCCUCUGGGAUUUUUAAUACCUCUCUUUCAAAUAAGCUCGGGAGUUUAUGCAACAGCUUCUCCAGCCGGCGUUUCCAUCCCGAGGAGGGCACACAAAGGUGCAAGAGGAGCCGUGGGGAGGGAAAAGAGCUGAUUUUGCCACGUUGUUUCACGGCUUCAGAAGAUGCAGUAAAAAUGUCCUUCUCUUACUGCUGAGUUUUUGCUGGGGGCCGUGAGGAGAAGCAGCAAGGGAAGGCAAUGUACAGGUACUAAAAUUUCUGGAGUCCCCCCAAAAACGUCACAGAAUGUAGAGGUAUCAGCCAUGGAACAGAUUCUGAUUUCUUCUUCCCCUUCUCCUUUACAGACCAACCCCCACCAGUUUUAGGGGAUUUGUGUAUUGGCAGGAACAGGAAUUGAUUUGUAUCUGUGCCCAUCCCACCGUAUCGUUCUCUGGCUCCUCCCCUCCCCGAUAUACUUGACACACUGGAGUUCUGUAUUAUAUUUUUUUUUUAAGAUGAUUGUCUGUUUUUUGUUGUUUUUACAAGUGUUGUGGAAAAGAAAAACAAAUGUAAGAAAGUUUAAGUAUUUAAAAAUGUUCCAAGGAAAUAAAAGGGGGUUUUGUUAUUAUUCUAAUAUAUUAUUGUGUACCUAUUGUAAAUAUGAAACACUCCUAUUUUGCAAGCCAAGGACUCACUUUGUACUGUUGUUAUAUAUAAAUAAAGUUUACUGGUUAAAAAAGCC